GAAAUGUGAGCAUCGCCAGCGCGGGGGAAGGGUCAGAGGAGCAGUCGGGACCGGCGGCCGUUACUGGGGCAACAGCAGCGCGGGCGCGGGUGCGGGUGCGAGGGGAAGCGGCUGGAGUCGCAGGGUGAGAGCGCCGGAGCCAAUGCCUGACUCGGACACGGCGGAGAGGAUGCACGGCUGCUUGAGGGAGCAGACGCUGGUGUUGGCCGAGGAUUACCUGCAGCACUGCCUGAGCCCGAGCCGGGAGCAGAGGCCGCCCAACAAGGCGGCUCGCACCCUGCGCAAAGUCGCCGACCAGAUGGUGGAGCAGCACCAGACCGCCUUCAGCAACAUGAAGAGCCGCUUGGAUAACGGCCUGCAGGUCUACGCCAGGUCGCGGAGCGGGGCGGCCGGGCCCGUGGGAGAGGCGGCGGUGGUGGUGGCGGCCGAGGACACUGCGGUUGCGGCGGCCAGCUUCCUGCGCCGGGUAGUGGAGGAGAUGUCGGCCGACGAGAAGAUGAACUGGGGCCGGGUGGUGAGCAUCUUCGCCUUCGCCGGCGUGCUGUGCCGUCACCUCAGGGACUCGGGCCUCGUCAUGUGCCCCGAGGCUGGGCCGGGCCCACUGGACACGCUGGCGGAGAGUGUGGCCAACUACCUGGGCAAGGAGAGGCGAGAGUGGAUCGAGCAGAACGGAGGCUGGGAUGGAUUUCUCAGAUUCUUCAGCAGGGAAGAGCACUGGCAAGAAUCAACAGUGCGAAAUAUGUUGAUAACGGUUGCUGGCUUUGGUAUAGCUGGGUUAGCUUGCCUUCUUGCUGUCCGAUAGACUGCAUCUAACCAAAUGAACAGCUGCUAACAUCCUGGAAGAUACAAAUUUCUCAUGCACAAUGUUUUCCAAUUUUAUAUCUCCAUUUUUAUGAUAUAUUUGGAUGUUGCCAUCAUGUGGAACAGAGCAGCAAAUCAACAUGGAGAUCUAAAACUUUUGUCUGAAGUUUGCUAAUGUUAAGUUUGUUUAAUGUACACAAACUUUUAAAUUAAUAUACUGCCUACAAUACAACAAAGUUUCCUUGUAAUGUUUUCAAAAGGCAUUGUAAUAAGAAUUAGGUUUGAAUAAUAGGAGGUUUGAUGGAUAGUGGGUUAGUGUGCACACAAUGAGGGAAAGAAUUGCAAAACUUGUAUUCCCAUUCACACAAAAAUUGCACUAACCAUUGGAGUAAAUGACAAAAUAAUGUAUAACCAAUUCUUUCGGAUGCUUUUGUUUCAUGGCAGUCUGUGCAUGUGUGUGUUGUAGUCAAAGGCCAUCUUAUGUGCCCUGAUACAAAUUAAACUUAACAAUUUACAAUUUGUUUAAUUAUGGCAACAAGUGUUGUCUGUAUUUUUCUAACUUAAACCACUUUACCAGUAAGAAAAGCACAUUCUGCCUUAAAAGUUAAAAGCCCACUGGUGCUAGUUUAUCUUGUGUCUCUAAUGGAAUUGAAAUGAUACCAGUCAUCUGGUAUUAACUGUAAAUCAUUUCAUCUUUGUGAUAAAGGUGUAUUUUCAUAGUAUACAGCUUUCAAAGUAACAGCAGAAAAUGGUACAUGGACCCAGUAAACUAGCAAAAAAGACUGCUAUUUUCAUUAUCAGGGUGCUAAUAUAUCAAAAACUAAAGAUUCUCUGUACAUUUACAACUUUGAAAAUGCUUCAUACGAAUUUUCAGAUGGCUUCCAAUUGUACCAAUUUAAUGUUAUUGCCAAUGUUAUAGUUUAAAUGAGAAAGCAAGGGGGAGACAGUGAAAUUUUUUGCAUAAUGUUAUUAAUUUAACCAAACAUUUAGAAGCAAGUCAUAAACAAUGCAAAGCUGGUUUAACUUUUAUCUGAAUACUCUUAAUUUCCUUUCUACCCAUGUCAGUUUUAUUUUACUGAUUGAAGUAAUUCUUUUCAAUUCUUUAAAAUGAUAUGUUGAAAAAAAUCAACAAAAAUCUUUGUCAUGUGACUUCUACUUGUGCUUUUGUAAUCUUUCUACCUUUAUGCUAUAACUAAAUGGCAUAAUUAGUUGUGAAUUGUAGGUAAUUUGAUAGUUGUGGCUAUUUUAAUUUUUAUGCUCUGGCUUGUUUCUGUCCUAAUGAAGUUUCAUGGGGUUCGUUAGCUAUUUCCAAUUGUUUAGUUGGAGUUCCACUACCCCGCUUCAUCUCACCUCAUGGAUCCUCUUUUGUACACUAUCAAUGAUAUAUCAAUAAUCGUUGGUUAUUCUAAAUAUACUUUGAUUACUAGUUUUUAUUGAUAAUACACAGCCAAUGAAAGAGAUUUGGAAUAAGCACUAAAAAUGCAGCAUUUGUGAAGAUCUAAAAUUUCAAAUCUGCUUAAUUUGCCUGUUGAAGUAUGAUUGGCAGUUACUGCUGUUUUCUUGAUCAUGGGUGUUGACCUGUUCUGGGGCACAUUUCAUGUUCAACUGGUUUCUAUGCUACAGCUAUUUUAACCUUCCUAGAUUUGGUGGGGCGGCGGAGAACAUAAUUACUUGAAUUUUCUUUAAAAUAUCUGUCAUAUCUGGCUUUACAAUCAAUUUUUGCACCCCCUCAAUCUACAUAUGUUUUAGAAACAAAAUCCAGGCUGGGGUCCUUGUGUUAUGUUGGAGAAAGAUAUUUACGUUACUGGUGUCAUUUUUAUUCUCGUUCCCUACAUCAAUAUAACUAAUCAACAUGCUGUUCUUUACUAUAAAUGUGUGUGGGACUUUGUGUUUAAACUUGCUCUCAUCUAAAUUAAGUGGAGGAAACAUGAAACUUUCACUGGCUGCACAAGAAUAAAUCAUUUGCAUUCCAGUA